AUGCGACAGACAGGACGCGCCGCCGUGACGAUACCGGAUGAGGCUGGCGAAGCAGCAUCGAAUCGAAGGCGGAAGCCAGGAACCGCGAUGCAUACGCACCGGCGGGGUAACCAGGGAAAAUGUCUUCCGUGCGGUGCAGAUGAAACUUUGCACGAACUGAUAAGACCCGAUGGCGCAAUUUCGGAUUAUUUUCCGGCCAAAAUGCUCGCGAUGGCUUGCUCGAAGCCGCACACGCCAGGCUACGCCAGGGAGGAUCGAACGCACUCACCAUCUGCCAACACGCCGCCGGGCGAACAGAUGGCACGUCAUGCAGCGGUCUGCGCGCAUGAAGUCUCUCUCCGAGUCCUACACGCGGCCCCAGAAACAUGGCCCCUUCGCGCUCGCCGUCCCCUGCGUAACGCUGAAGAGGUCCCCGCAAAGCGGUCGACAGCAGUAGCUAGACGCAAGCGGACCUCUGACCAAACCACCACCGCUAUCCGGACAUCCGCGCCGGCGGCCUCGCAGACGUCUGGCAUUUUGAAGCUUGUCGCAAAUACACACGCGCAGCCAGAUUCGGGAGAAGGCGACUCUUCAAGCCCGCUCAAUUGCGAGGCAAGCGCUGCAGUGCUUGAACUGGCAGUGGGACUGCCGAAGCGCGCAGUGAACGGUGGCCGAACGCUGACGAACGGGCUCUGGAACAUAUGGUUGCAGAAACACCUACAUAUAUCCGUCAAACCCGAGCGGCGAUUCACGGGCAGAAGAGCGGCUGUCGGAACAACGACAGCGCCACAGCCCCCACCACAACGACAGCUUUCACGAUCUAAUCAAGCGCAGACUGGAUUGGAAACGAGCUUCUUGACACAUUGCACAUCGGAGGCCUUGGAAGACGACAAGACGCGCCGUCCUAGGAGCGAGGCUAUGCCCGAGCUAGGACGCGGCGCGGCGCGGCCCCUCAAGACAUGCUGCAGCGCCGGCCAUCCCCAUUUACAUCUCUGA